UCUCUCUCUCUCUCUCCCCGAUCACUCCCACCCACCCACCCACCCACCCACCACUCUCAAGUGCUUCGAUUCGAGUGCUUGCCGAUUCAUCUCGCUUCGAGUAAUAAGGACUGAAAAUGUCUUCUCCUAGUAAGAGGAGAGAGAUGGAUGUUAUGAAGCUGAUGAUGAGUGAUUAUACUGUGGAGACAAUCAACGACGGACUUAAUGAAUUCAAUGUGGAAUUUCAUGGGCCAAAAGAAAGUCUAUACGAAGGUGGUGUUUGGAAGAUCCGAGUGGAACUUCCUGAUGCGUAUCCCUACAAGUCUCCUUCCAUUGGAUUUGUGAACAAGAUAUAUCACCCAAAUGUUGAUGAGAUGUCGGGGUCUGUAUGCCUGGACGUUAUCAACCAAUCAUGGAGUCCAAUGUUUGAUCUUUUGAACGUAUUUGAGGUGUUUCUUCCUCAACUCUUGCUUUAUCCCAACCCUUCAGACCCUCUUAACGGUGAUGCUGCUUCACUAAUGAUGAAAGACAAGAAGCAAUACGAUCAAAAAGUAAAAGAGUAUUGUGAGCGAUAUGCAAAGAAGGAACAUAUCAGCAACUCCAGAGCAGAAGAAGACAGCGACGAUGAGGAAAUCAGCGUCGAGGGAAGCGAAUCGAGUGACGACGAGAUAGCUGGACAUGCAGACCCAUAAAUAAGUGUAGGAUCAAUAACUAUUCAAAUUAUUCCAUAAUUGAAGGCGCAACCCCCAUUCUUCAUGUCCACCUGUCCAAAUUAUAUUUAAUUCAGAGUUGUAUGCUUGUAAUAUCAUGAGACUGGCCAUUGUUGUGAGGAAGCCCAGAAGAACUUUGUAGUGAACAUUUUCAUUGGAAGAUAAAUGGGAUUGUCACUCAAGGUGGAGCAAUUCUUUCA